UGAAGGGAGGGAGUGCUUGCGGCUCAUUAUUACAGGCGGAUGUGCUGAACUGUCCGUGACAACCGUCCAAAAACACGCCACACGACCGAAAGAGCGCGUCCCGAGUCGACCAGAGCCUGUGGAGGUGUCGUGUUGGCUUGUUUUUGUUGUAGGACAGCAGAAGGUUGUUGAGUCUCAGCUGGGAUUUCUCCUCAGAAAGCACAAUUUAGUCCACAAGGAUGGCUUCUCGUAAAAAGGUGCUUCUGAAGGUGAUCAUUCUCGGGGAUUCUGGGGUUGGGAAGACUUCUUUGAUGAAUCAAUAUGUCAAUAAGAAGUUCAGUAAUCAGUAUAAAGCCACCAUCGGUGCAGACUUUCUUACCAAGGAGAUGAUGGUGGAUGACCGACUGGUGACGAUGCAGAUCUGGGACACGGCAGGACAGGAGCGUUUCCAGUCUUUGGGUGUGGCUUUUUACCGCGGGGCAGACUGCUGCGUGCUGGUGUAUGACGUGACCGCACCGAACACCUUCAAAACCCUGGACAGCUGGAGGGAUGAAUUCCUCAUUCAGGCCAGCCCUCGAGACCCGGAGAACUUCCCCUUUGUAGUGCUCGGCAACAAAAUCGACCUGGAGAACAGACAGGUGACAACGAAACGAGCCCAGGCCUGGUGUCAGAGCAAAAGCAAUAUCCCGUACUUUGAGACCAGCGCAAAAGAGGCCAUCAACGUGGACCAAGCUUUCCAAACGAUCGCUCGCAAUGCCCUCAAACAGGAGUCUGAGGUGGAGACGUACGACUUCCCAGACCAGAUCAAACUGAGAGAUGACAGACCCGUGUCCUCUGGUGACAGCUGCAGCUGCUGAGAUGGGACGCUUGGAGAUAGAGGGGAGCAGAGAGGCAGAGGAGAGCCAGCGCGGGGCGGACCGAUCUCAAUGUGCAAAACAUCCAGCAUUCAGAAGAAAACCCUUCCUUUCCAAACUUGUAUGUAAAGAACUGUUAGGAAUUUAAAGAAACGCCCUGCUACAGCAUCCCUUUUAAGGAUAUUAUUUCUAUGAGAAAGAUUAAACAUGAUAGUUGUUUCUAUUA